CAGUUGUCUGUCUCUCUGUCAGAUAGGAUCUGUGUGACUCAGAGAAAGCUGUUAGCAGUGUGACUGGUGGAUCAGGGUGUGUUGUAGUUAGUGACUGGGUAGUUGACGUGGAGGGGAUUCCCACUCUGUGUUCUGCUGUCACCUGGACUGAAGCUCAAAGUACUACACCUGACUGAAGUGACAGAGGACCUGUCAGUUGUUCUACUACUGAGUGACUGCUGUUUCACAUCCAUCUGCUGAUGUCAUCCUCUGAUCUGACCUCUCACCUGACCUCUACCUACGCCUCAUCAGACUGACUCACCUGGAAAGGCAACCUACCUGGUGGAACUAGAGUUCCUCUCCUGUCCUGAUGUGGGAGAGGCAGCUUUGGGUACAGAAUUAAUGUGUGUGUUUGUUUGUGAGCUGUGGAUUUGAUUGAGUGUAUAAGAGUAUGAAUCUGAACGUCUCUGGUCUGUGGGAGGAGCUUCCUGUUAACUCCUCCGUGCGGUGUCCCUAUUAUGUGAUUGGUUGGGAGCCACAAAUGGAGCAGCUGUACUUUUGGUUCUACCUGCUGCUCUUCAUCCCUGGUCUCUGCCUCAACACCACGGCUCUCUGGGUGCUAUGUAGACACAUCAGUAAGAAGACCAAGGCAGUGAUCUUCAUGGUGAACCUGGCUCUAGCUGACCUACUCCAUGUCAUGUCUUUGCCUCUGAGGAUCCACUACUACCUGACACACACCUGGCCCUUUGGACAAACACUGUGUCUGUUCUGUUUCUACCUCAAAUACCUCAACAUGUACGCUUCCAUCACCUUCCUGGUGUGUAUCAGUGUCCAGAGGUGUGUGUUUUUGCUACAGCCCUUCUAUGCCAGGCGGUGGAGACGGCGUUAUGACCUGUUGAUCAGCGCCACCGUGUGGCUGGUGGUGGGAAUAGGUUGUUCCCCCUUUAUUAUCAUGAGGAUCAGCAACAGCACUGUUCCCAGUCUUAUACCCAGCUCUAACCCCAGCCAUUACACUGGUAGUCCUAUUCAAUACUCCACACCCUCCACCUUACCUUACACAAGCUCCAGCCCCAGCGGCUGUUUUAAGGACCUGCCCACCAGGAAACUGCCACUCCCCAUUGUGGCAGCCAUGAUGGUGCUUGCGGAGCUGUUUGGGUUUGUGUUACCGCUCAGUGCCAUCAGUUACUGCUCUCUCCGGAUCGCUCACUCACUGAGACAGAGACAGGACAGAGAGCACCACCACAACCACCGCUGCCCCUCGACCAGCCAGGCCCAACCCUCAGCCCAGACAGACAGAGAGCACCACCACAACCACCGCUGCCCCUCGACCAGCCAGGCCCAACCCUCAGCCCAGACAGACAGAGAGCACCACCACAACCACCGCUGCCCCUCGACCAGCCGGGCCCAACCCUCAGCCCAGACAGACAGAGAGCACCACCACAACCACCGCUGCCCUUCGACCAGCCAGGCCCAACCCUCAGCCCAGAUUAACAGGCAGAUGGACAAAGAUAAGCGUCGCGCCCUGAGGAUGGUUAUGAGCUGCUCGGCUCUAUUCUUGUUCUGUUUCGCUCCGUACCACAUCAAUUUCCUGUUGUACGUGAUGGUGUCUCAGGAUAUAGUGUCCCACUGCCCCACGAUGCUGGUGGUGCGUCAUUUCCACCCUGUUUCGCUGUGUGUAGCCAGUCUUUCCUGCUGUCUGAACCCUUUGUUAUAUUACUUCCUCACUGCAGAGUUCAGACAGCACCUCUCCCAACGCACCUCCUCCCUCUCCUCCUCCAUUAGAGGCCGGCUCAUGAGUCUGGAAAGCACCUCCUCUUUUAGGGAGUAACAACUCCUGUAGGGAGCACUUUGUCUCCUCCUCCUCUCCUCAAUCAAUCAAAUGUAUUUACAAUGCCCUUUUUACAUCAGCUGACGUCAAAAAGUGCUAUAUAGAAACCCAGCCUAAAACCCCAAACAACAAGCAAUGCAGGUGUAGAAGCACGGUGGCUAGGAAAAACUCCCUAGAAAGACCAGAACAUAGGAAGAAACCUAGAGAGGAACCAGGCUAUGUGGGGUGGCCAGUCUGUUUCUGGCAGUGCCAGGUGGAGAUUAUAACAGUACAUGGCCAAGGUGUUCAAAUGUUCAUAAAUGGCCAGCAUGGUCAAAUAAUAAUAAUCACAGUAAUUGUCGAGGUUGCAACAGGUCAGCACCUCAGGAGUAAAUGUCAGUUGGCUUUUCAUAGCCAAUCAUUCAGAAUUAUAGACAGCAGGUGCGGUAGAGAGAGAGAGUCGAGAACCGCAGGUCUGGGACAGGUAGCAUGUCCGGGGAACAGGUCAGGGUUCCAUAGCCGCAGGCAGAACAGUUGAAACUGGAGCAGCAGCACAACCAGGUGGACUGGGGACAGCAAGGAGUCAUCAGGCCAGGUAGUCCUGAGGCAUGGUCCUAGGGCUCAGGUCCUCUGAGAGGAGGGGAUAGGGAGAGAAUUAGAGGGAGAAUACUUAAAUUCACACAGGGCACCGGAUAAGACAAGAGAAAUACUAGAGAUAUAACAAACUGACCCUAGCCCCCCGACACAUAAACUACUGCAGCAUAAAUACUGGAGGCUGAGACAGGAGGGGUCGGGAGACACUGUGGCCCCGUCUGACGAUACCCCCGGACAGGGCCAAACAGGCAGGAUAUUACCCCACCCACUUUGCCAAAGCACAGCCCCCACACCACGGGGCGGCAUGGUAGCUUAGUGGUUAGAGCGUUGGACUAGUAACCGAAAGGUUUCAAGUUCAUAUCCCCGAGCUGACAAAGUACAAAUAUGUCGUUCUGCCCCUGAACAGGCAGUUAACCCACUGUUCCUAGGAUGUCAUUGAAAAUAAGAAUUUAUUCUUAACUGACUUGCCUAGUUAAAUAAAGGUAAAAUAUAAAAUAUCAACAGACCACCAACUUAUUACCCUGAGACAAGGCUGAGUAUAGCCCAUGAAGAUCUCCCCCACGGCACAACCUGAGACACACCCUUUCUAGGGACGGCAUGGAAGAGCACCAGUAAGCCAGUGACUUAGCCCCUGUAAAAGGGUUAGAGGCAGAGAAUCCCAGUGGAAAGAGGGGAACCGGCCAGGCAGAGACAACAAGGGCGGUUCGUUGCUCCAGAGCCUUUCCGUUCACCUUCACACUCCUGGUACUCAAUCAUAGGACCUACUGAAGAGAUGAGUCUUCAAUAAAGACUUAAAAGUCGAGACCGAGUCUGUGUCUCUCACAUGGACAUUCCAUAAAAAUUGAGCUCUAUAAGAGAAAGACCUGCCUCUGGCUAUUUGCUUAGAAAUUCUAGGGACAGUUAGGAGGCCUGCAACUUAUGUCCGUAGCAUAUGUGUAGGUAUGUAGGGCAGGACCAAAUCAGAGAGAUAAGUAGGAGCAAGUCCAUGUAAUGCUUUGUAUGUUAGCAGUAAAAGAUCAGCCCAAUUUUGCACUAACUGAAGUCUAUGUCGUGCUUUUUCCGGGAAGAUUCUCUUUUAAUACACUGCCUGUUCUGUUUCUACCUCUCCUUUCAUCCUUUCCGUCUCUCUCCUCUCCUCUCUCAUCAUCAUUUCCUCCUCUCCUCUGUCCUCUCCUUUCCUCCUCUCUCCCCCUCUCCUCUCAUCUCUCCCCUCUCCUCUUACUCAUCUCCUCUUUACUAUCUCGUCCUCUCCCUUUUCUCCUCCUCUCCUCUUCCUCCUCAUCCUCCUUUCCUCUUCCUCUUCCAUUUCCUCCUCAUCUCCUCCGUAGACAGAUAAAGACUGUUACACAACAGAACCCCCCCCCCCCCACUCUGGAGGGACAGAGAGACACUGAACUUCGACCCUGAAAAUGUGAUAUAUAACCAGCUAUGUUACUGUAAGAUAAACUGAUGAUGUUUGAAUGGGACUCUUAUAAGCUAAAUGUGCUAAAACGGUAUGAUGCAGAGAAAGCCUGGGUCAUUGUAUGCAUCAGCUGCUGUUAGAUCAUGUUGUAAAUUAUGUCAAUAAAAAGCAGCUUGUUGCCAUAUCA